AUGGCUCGUGCGUACUGGUUUUCUCCCAUCUCGCUCUCCAUUCUUUCAUCUACGUCAGUGUUGGCCGUCACACCGACACCAGCCCAUCCAGGUGAUCCAACGUCGCCAUCGCCAUCGCCGUUGUCGCUUGCCCCCAAUCGGGAUCCAGCAGGAAGUGCGGCCACUACAGAAGGUUUGUUUACCUUUUUGCCGCUUCGGGUAACGCUCGUUACUCCCUCUUCCUUCCAACACCUCGAUCUCAACCUCAACCUCCUCAACCUCUUCAACCUCUUCAACCUCUUCAACCUCUUCAACCUCUCCUCUACCACAACACACAACACAACACACAACACCCUUUCUACCUCCUUCAGAAUAGUCGCACGUCAAGUUUCAAUUCCCCAUCACAAAUACCGAAUGCUGACCUUCAAAGUCCCUGCAAUUAGCCAGGUUAUCACCUUCGGUCCACACCUCUCCGUCAUGGCAGGCAAGAAUCCGUUCGGCCCCGGUCUUGGAUAUGAUCCUGCUAGGAUGACCCAGAGCGAGAAGCCCCGCGUCAUUACCAACUCCCGAAUUGAGUUGCCGCCAGACGCAUAUCGCCUCGAGGGUCAGACUUUUUGA